GGAAGUUAAAAACGGAAGCAAACAUUUCAUGUGGUCUGGGACGGGAAUGUGUUUACUGACAGAGGAUGUGCUAAACAUGACAGAUUUGUAUUUUGACCGAUAUGACAGAUGAAAGUGCUCUGCAGAAAGACUGGUAUGCAGUACUUGAAGCCAGUCCAUCAGAUAGCUUGCAAGAGCUGAAACAGAAGUACCAGAAACUGGCACUCUUGUAUCACCCAGAUAAACAGAGUCCAGAUGUGCCACCAGGAGAGGUGGAGCAGUGUGUUCAGAGGUUCAUCGAAGUUGACCAGGCAUGGAAGAUUCUUGGCAAUGAGGAGACAAAGAAAAACUAUGACCUACAGCGGCAUGCUGCUGAACUGAAGCAGGGAUGGCCCAUUGAUGCUUAUGUGCGUCUUGAAGAUAUGACGUGGCAGGAUGAUGAGCAAGCCUAUCUAUAUGGAUGCCGCUGUGGAGGAGAAUACAUGAUGUCGAAAGAAGAGGCUGAAGAAAAUGUGUCAGUGAUCUGUUGCGAUACCUGUUCCCUGAGUAUAGAGGUCAAGGAAUUUUGACAACUGACUGAUGAAAAAUGUUCCAUUAUUAUAAAUUUGAAAGAUGUAAUAAAACAAACAUGUUUAGAAAUUA